AUGCUUUCGAAUGAGUGCUGGGCUUGUAAAGAUUCCAGAGCCGUUUGCAACCGCGCGCGCCCACAAUGUUCUCGGUGCGCUAAGUCUAAUAGGCUGUGUCAGUAUGGAUUGCGACUGUCGUGGCCAGCGACUGCCAAUACGAAGCGCAGCUUGACUCAUUCUAUUCAGAAUGGAUUCGAGACUGCCAAAAGUGUUUCCCAAAUGGACUUUGUAAAUACGACAACAUGGGAUAUUCAGCUUCACCAUUACUUACGAAUGAAUCAAGGACUCAGUAGCCAUGAGGGUUUUUCCAUCCAGGUAAUUGAUCCACCGGCGACACUAUCAUGGCUCCCGAUCAAACUAUCUUAUGGGGAAAGAGAGCUUCUUGACCACUUUAUAUAUACGGCGCCUUUCACAUUGGCUAUUUUCGAGCCCAAUAAGACCGACUUCCUAAGUCUUUUAAUACGUUUAGCUCUUUCAGAUAGUUCACCAGCUUCAAUGGCUGUACUACAAUCAGCACUGGCUCUCUCGUCGUUCCACCGUAAUGGUCUGAAAGCGGAUGUUUACCGGCUCAAAGCUCGCGCUCUCCGUAUCCUGAUCACAUCUUGCAUCCCCUCCAUUGAAGAUCCCAUGAUAGUUCAGCAUAUUGCAGCUUGUAUGAUACUCUGUCAUCUUGAGAUGCUCGGAAUGCCAAACUCGGUAUCUGUGUGGUUCUGUCACUUAAGUGAAGCUAAACAAUUAAUCGACAACGCAUCCGUCGGAAGCCAGUGUUUUCAACGAGAGUUUUCCGGACUUUUGGGCUGGGUAGAGUAUCAUAUGGUCAUGGCCCGGUUUAGCAUCCGACACUGGUAUAUGCACAAAGAAUCUGAUAACAGAACAAAGAAUUCUAUGCCGGUGGACCGAGGUACUUGCCAAUUACGAAAGGUUAACGACGUAUCGUACUGCUCACAUGAGAUUCUUCGAUAUUUGCAUAUUAUGUUCGAGACGAUUCGGAAACCGACGGACUCAUCUUACCACAACGAAGACUAUGAAAGAUCAUUGCGUUGCCUCGAAAAUACGAUAACCAAUAUUGUUCCGUUGGCGACAUCGGAUACUAUGCCGGGCUCGAGCACAGCCUGGGUGGCUACGAUAGAGCUUUUUAAACUAGCCGCUCUAAUUUAUCUUCGAAGAGCAUCACGAAAUUUUUCAGGGUCAACACCACAAAUUGAUGCAAUGAUUGACAAAGCGCACAUACUUCUCGAUGACUUAGGAAGCUUUAAUCCGACCUUCCCGCUUCUUAUUAUUGGAUGUGAGGCUCGGACGGAUGAACAAAGAAGAAGAAUUCUGAGACAGAUCGAAAGGGCAAUGGCGACCUCGAGUUUGAGAAGCUUGCGUGAAUUACAAAGUAUUCUCCAGCAUAUAUGGGUGCAGGAUGACCUUGCGGUGGAUUAUGAAUUAGACUACUUGAAUAAGUUGGACGCUGUAAUAACUUCCUACCAAAUCAUGCCAAGUUUUGUCUAA